GCCUGACUCAGUUGUGCUUAGGCCUUAAAGCGAGUGAGUUCUUAGUGGAUAGAAGCUUCCGUAGUCCAUACCCUAACUGCUCAAUCUAUCUAUAUUUAUAAAUUUGUUUUUUGUUUAUUUAAUUUGUGAAAUGUGAAUGCCGGUUAAAGUGAAUUAUAUUUGCCUAAAAAUAUUAAAAUGAAAGAAAAAAAGUGGAAAAGAAAAUAAGUGCGCAAUAGAGGUGCAAUAUCUAAUAUUAUUAAAUAUUUAAUAUAUUAAUUAACUAAGAUUUUUAAAGUCGUUUGCUUUUGACAGCAGUAUAAAAAUUGGUUGAUACUCUCAUCACUAAAAACGAUUACUUCAUGAAAUGAAUUCAAACGAAGGAAUUAAUAUAAGUGGUUUAAUUGAUGAUGAAAACAGUCGACCGAUAUGAACAGGAAAGCAAUAUUAUUGUUGCUUAUGAACUGUAGAAAAAGUAUACAAUGACAUGAUGCAUCUACCUUGAGGAUAAAUUUGCAGUAUCAAAAUAAGUAAGGAGUAUCAAGUUAAAUAUGCCACAUCAUUUUGGUUUACCAACUAUGGCACACGGCAUACAGUCUCCGCCUUCACCAACAGCCGUAAUGUCUAUAUAUCCUCGCUACAGGGCUGGCGUCUACAGUCCAGAACAUCAAGAUCAAAGGUUAACACGCGAAGCUAUGGAACGUUACUUGCGCGACAGGAGUGAUAUGGUUAUUGUAAUUUUACAUGCUAAAGUUGCUCAAAAAUCGUAUGGUAAUGAAAAACGCUUCUUCUGUCCCCCGCCUUGUAUUUAUUUAUUUGGCGAAGGUUGGCGAAUGAGACAAGAACAAAUGCUCAGAGAUGGUGAAUCCGAACAAUCUUCGCAAUUGUGCGCUUUCAUAGGAAUUGGAAAUUCCGAUCAGGAUAUGCAACAGCUCGAUCUCAAUAAUGGUAAACAAUACUGCGCCGCUAAAACAUUGUAUAUAUCCGAUUCAGAUAAGAGAAAACAUUUCAUGCUUUCUGUUAAAAUGUUUUACGGUAGUGGACAUGAUAUUGGAGUUUUUCAUAGUAAGCGAAUAAAGGUUAUAUCGAAACCUUCAAAAAAGAAACAGUCUUUAAAAAAUGCUGAUCUUUGUAUUGCCAGUGGGACUAAAGUGGCUCUUUUUAAUCGUUUACGUUCACAGACGGUUAGUACAAGAUAUUUACAUGUUGAAAAUGGAAAUUUUCAUGCUAGUUCAACGCAAUGGGGUGCGUUUACAAUUCAUCUUUUAGACGACAAUGAAAGUGAAUCAGAAGAAUUUCAAGUUCGUGACGGUUACGUUCACUAUGGUAGUACGGUAAAAUUGGUUUGUUCCGUAACUGGAAUGGCACUACCUCGAUUAGUUAUUCGUAAAGUUGAUAAGCAAAUGGCAAGUUUAGAAGCCGAUGAUCCUGUCUCGCAAUUACAUAAAUGUGCAUUCUACAUGAAGGACACGGAUCAUAUGUAUUUGUGUCUUUCUCAGGAGAGGAUAAUUCAGUUUCAAGCAACUCCCUGUCCAAAAGAUGCGAGCAAAGAGAUGAUAAAUGAUGGUGCAUGCUGGACAAUAAUUAGUACUGAUAAAGCUGAAUAUCAAUUUUUUGAAGGAAUGGGCCCAGUGCGUUCGCCAGUAACUCCAGUCCCACUUGUUCACAGUUUGCAUCUAAACGGUGGUGGUGAUGUUGCAAUGCUUGAAUUAACUGGUGAUAAUUUUACACCAAAUCUUCGCGUUUGGUUCGGUGAUGUUGAAGCUGAAACUAUGUAUAGAUGUCAAGAGAGUAUGUUGUGUGUCGUUCCGGAUAUAUCGCUGUUUAGAGGUGAGUGGCUGUGGGUUCGUCAACCAACUCAAGUUCCUGUUUCUCUAGUGCGUAACGAUGGUAUUAUUUAUGCCACUGGAUUAACAUUCACCUAUACUCCAGAACCGGGACCACGUCCUCAUUGUCCACCUGCAGAUGAAGUGAUGAGAGCACCUCGUUCUGCACAAAAUCAAGCUAGUAUGCUAACUAUAGCUAGUAUAGUGUCAGCUAUAGCUGAUGUUCCAUGGAGCACACAUCAACCAACGCAAGGAGGUCUCUGAUACUUUCUUUCAAUUUGCAAACAGAAUCAAAGCAGUUAUAGUGCAAAUUCCCUGUCUUUUAUGUUCGACAAUAGACUCAUUUCUCUGAACAUUUAUGAAAGGAAAACGAACAAAACAGUUUAACAGAACUUUGUUUGUAUUUUAAUAAUUAACGUUUCACAAAUUGUUGAAACUAUGUGUAAAAUAUUAUACAAAAAAUCUAAAGAGAUGGAAAAAUGAAUAAACUUAUUUUUAAUAAA